AUGGAAGACGAAGCUGGUGGCAUCACGACUGAGAAUUAUUGCGAGAAUCAGAUGGCAAGUGGUGGCGCUGUCUUGGCAUUGCACGAAAGAAAUGGCGAAGGUAUGGAAUCUAGCGCACACGAUUACUUCCUCAGAAGGUACAAUGAGGGCCCAAGUCGCAAUUGUUCAGCUGAUUACGAAAAUACGAAUGCGUUCGAUGAUAUCGAGGCAAGGAUUCCUUUGGAGAAGGAUCAGACACGAGAGCAACUGGAUGAGCGGUUGAAUAAUACCGAUUCAAUAUUACGCUUAAAUAUUGGUGGAACGAGCUAUCGAAUACGGACUCAGUCUAUAUUCAGACAUGGUCCACGAUCAUUGCUAGGUAAAUUUGUUCGCGUUGAUCAUGAACUCAGGAAGCAGUGGGCUGAUUGGUAUUUUGAAGAAUCGGACGAGUAUUUUUUCGAACGAGUUCCAAGGUACAUCUUUUUGAUGAAAAAUCCUUCAGCUGGCUCUUAG